UCAACAGACAUCUCUGUCUUAAUGAGAAUCACAUUGUAUUGCAGCCGGGAGCGGGUACAAGAAACAAGGAAGUUUAAAAGUGUGGCUGGGAGCCCAGUCACAGUGGCUCACGCCUGUAAUCCCAGCCCUUUGGGAGGCUGAAGCAGGUGGAUCACUGGAGGAGGGCAGAGUUUCGAGACCAGCCUGGCCAACAUGGUACAACCCUGUCUCUACUAAAGAACAAAAAUUAGCUGGGCAUGGUGGCAGGUGCCUCUAGUCCCAGCUACUCAGGCGGCUGAGGCAGGAGAAUCACUUGAGCCCGGGAGGUGGAGGUUGCAGUGAACCAAGAUCACACUACUGCACUCCAGCCAUGUUGACCAGGAUGGUCUCGAUCUCUUGACCUCGUGAUCCACCCGCCUUGGCCUCCCAAAGUGCUGGGAUUACAGGCUUGAGCCACCGCGGCCGGCCUUAAUGCAACGUUUGAGCAGAGGCCCUGGGGAGACCUGUUUCCGCCCAGCAAGGAGCCGGCACCUGGGCUUUUUCCCUAAAGGAGGCAGGAGCUGAGGAGGGACGUGAGCUGAUCUUCAGGAGAACCGGCUGUGGGAGAAGGAGAUUAUGAGAGUCCAGGCGAGAGGUGCUGGCAGCCUGGCUGGGCGGGGGCAGCAGAGAUGGAGACACAGCUGGUUUCUAGGUCUGGCUUGAAAGUGGAGCAAGAGGGACUCAACAGGACUCUAGGUCGGGCAGAGCCUUGUCACCCGAGCCUCAGGGCUGUGAUGUCCAUUUCACACACAGGGAAAUAGAGGCUGGAUGAGGUGGGGCCGCCCAGUGAUGCGGCCGAGCUGGAAUCAGGCCCGCCUGGCACACACCUCAGGAGACCUACUGGAGUCUUCCUCUUGGCCUCCUGGCUCUACUGCCAGGCGUGGCCCAUUUCCCAUGGCCCCCCAGGCCUCUCUGAAAGUGGCCAUGUUGCCCUCACUGUGGACCUCAAGGCUGGCCCCAUGUACCUCCCAAAACUGAACCCUAUCUUUUUUAGUCCCCAUUUCCAGGUCUGAGAAGCAAUACUCAGUGGGGACAGGGUGCCCUCUGCAGAGUGGGUGCUGUAGUGCCAGUGCCUGGUCCCCAGGCCCUAAAUGGCCACUGGAGAUGAUGGCACUGACCGAGGGCUUGGUGCUGGCCAGACCCUUUGGUAUCCCCACUACCCGGCGUCUCUGCCGCACCACUCUUCAGAGGGAACUGAGCCUCUUGGAGGUGGCUCUCCCUGGGGUCUGCAGAGAAAGGCAAUAAGGCCAGGACUGCAGCUUCAGUCCGUUCAUCUCCCAAGCCUGGGGUCAGGUGGGAUUAGUGACUUGCCGGCAUGGGGUCAGGUACCGGAUGGACAGAAGCUGAGAGAAGCCGGUGGUCCAGGGCCUCUCCAUGCUGGGGCUGGGCCAGCAGAGCAGGCAGGAAGGGCCUGGAGUCCUGCUGAUGGUGGAAAGUGCUGUCUCAGCAUCCCAGGGCCUGGAUCCCAAAUAAGGGCCUUUGGGAUUUUCUGGCGGGGAGGGGUAUCAUAGGCCAGUGACCAAGCAAGCCUGGUCACCUGGGGCCGGGAAAGCUGACUUCCUGCAACCUCAGCCUGGUGGGACCCAAAGGGGCAUGUCUGGCUCUGAAGGUGGAGGCAGCUGGUGGCCACAGAAACCUCCACUGCAGGGUUUGACCUGAGUCCCCUUAGCAUGGGGUGCCAGGGAGGGGCCAAUGGUGGUGGCUGUGGAGGGGAGAUGGGAGGAGGGUGGUGCCUGGCCAGCCGCCCUGACUCAGUGUCCCCACCCUCACCCACCAGACAUUCUAACAGAGGAUGACGUCUACUGCAGCUGCCUGGCCAAGACACUCUGCCACGUGCCUGUCCCUGUGACCGUGGGUUUCUAUGCCCCCUUUGGCUGCCGCCUGCACAUGAUGCUGGACAAGAUCACGGCGCUGAUGCAGCAGGAGGCGGCGCAACGCGAGAGCGAGGAGCUGCAGCACGUGCAGUGGCGACCGCGCGCCGUGAGCGGCUGGGGCGUCCCGCAGCUGCUGUGGUACCUGGUGUUCCUGCAGCCCAUCAUCACCGAGGUGCACCUGCGGCGCAGGAACGUGCAGUUCCUCUUCAUCCGCUUUAGCGCCUGGCAGUACGCGGGCACCGACAAGCUCUGGGCCGGCCUGGUGACCACGCUGUGCGAGGGCAUCCGCCACCACUACGGCGCGCUGCCCUUCAGCGUGUACUCGGUGCUAGGCAACAAGCCGGCCACCAGGCAGGGCUGCUGCCACAACGAGUGGCACUGCCGGCGCCGCGUGUGCCUGGGGCUUCUGGCGCUGCUGGCGGCGCUGGGCCUGGGCGUGGGGCUGCUCUACCUGUCCCUGGGCGGCCACACGCCGGGCCACGGCGGUCCGAGCGGCAGCCUGCUCAAGGUGUUCGGCGGCGCGGCCACCACGCUGUCGGGCUCGGGGCUGCUCAUGGCCGUGUACUCGGUGGGCAAGCAUCUGUUCGUGAGCCAACGCAAGAAGAUCGAGCGGCUGGUGUCGCGCGAGAAGUUCGGCAGCCAGCUGGGCUUCAUGUGCGAGGUGAAGAAGGAGGUGGAGUUGCUCACCGACUUCCUGUGCUUCCUGGAGAUCUACCAGCGGCGCCGGUUGCGCGUGGUGCUGGAGGUCACCGGGCUGGACACGUGCUACCCUGAGCGCGUGGUGGGCGUGCUCAACGCCAUCAACACGCUGCUAUCCGACAGCCACGCGCCCUUCAUCUUCAUCCUGGUCGUGGACCCCAGCAUCCUGGCCGCGUGCCUGGAGAGCGCGGGCAACAUGAAGGGCACGGCCGACAACGGCUACCUCUUCCUCAACCGCACUGUCACGCUGCCCUUCUCCGUGCCCAUCAUGGGCCGCCGCACCAAGCUGCAGUUCCUGCACGACGCGGUGCAGAGCCGCGACGACCUGCUGUAUCGCGAGAUCACACGCAAGCCGGGGGCCGCCGGGGGCAGCGGGGGCGAGAGUGCGCAGCUGCUGGCGGUGCAGACGCAGGUGGGGCCCGAGCGCGGGCAGGGCCGCAUCGACGCGGAGGCGGCGCGGCGCAUCCAGGAGGCGCUCUUCUGCCUGCACGACGAGCGCGACUGCCUCUACGAGUACGUGCCCGACAACGUGGUGUCCAUGCGGCGCAUCGUCAACACCGUGCCCAUCACCGUACGUCUGCUGCAGCAGCAGCAGCAGCAGGGUGACUUCGGGGGCCCAACGCCGCGCCAGGCGGUGGCGUGGGUGGUGCUCGCCAACCAGUGGCCGUGCCGCCUGAGUUGGGCGCUGCAGUGCCUGGAGGACCGGCAGCAGACCGGGGGCGCGCCCGAGGGUCGCGCGCGCCUCUGGGACGUGUUCCGCGACAACAGCCGCGAGCUGCACACCAUGACCAAGGCGUUGCAGAAUGUUCUCGACCUGGACGGCGACCCCGAGCUCUUCGAGCGCUUCCUGGGCGCCGACUUCCCCUUCACUGUGGCCGAGGCGCAGACCCUGCUGCGCUGCACCGUCAACCUGGACCACUCCAUCCGCCGGCGCAUGGGCCUCAUCCGAGCCGUCAGCGCACUCAAGCCGCCCAGCCCGCCCAAAUCCCCUGCCCGCGAUGCCCCCCACGCCGCCCACCGGACCAACAGCGCCUCUAGGGCGUCCCCAUCGGGCCGUGCCGCAGGGCAAGCCGGCGAAGGCCACAACGCGGGGGACUUGGCCCAUGCGGGACAAGCCAUGGCCAGUGGCCUGAGCGCCCUUCUGUCCAGGGGAAUCCAGGCCAGGUGGGCCCUAAAUGGAGGACUUGGCGGGCAGCAGGAGGCAAGGGCUUCUCCAUCUGCCCAGAUGGGGGAAUAGGGGGCUGAACUGGGGCCACAGCCCAGGGUCCCAAUGAGGUCUGUGAAUCUGAGCCAGAGCCAUGGACAUAGCCUCCAGGAGUGGGGCUGUGAGCCAGUGCCAGUGUGAGAGCGGUUGCAGAAGGACCAGUGAGGAACUCAGAGUAUACGUGCAACAAAUGGAGGCGUUGAGAGCCCUGAGUUGGUCCUUACAUCCUGAUCUGACCAGGGACCAGGCCUGCCCCAUCUUGCCACCAGGGCCUGCCCGGUCCUGCCAAGCCCACUUCCUCCUCUGAGCCACGCUGGCCUCCUCAGCUGGCAUCUCUGUGGCAGGAGGGGCUGCGGGGGCAGUGGGCGAGGCAGGCAAGGCUGCAGAGCUGGGAGAUGACAGGCGGAUGGGCCGGGUUGACUAAGGCAACAUGGAGCGCCCAGGCCUCAGGGAAUCCCAGUCCUUGUCCCCAUGCCCUAGCCUGCCCCUCUGUGAGCAGGGCAGGAACUGGCAUUUCCGAGGGUGACCUCAGUGAACUCAGCAGGCUGCUCCACCCCCAGAAAGGCUCCACCCUCAAUGUAAUGGGUUAAUUAGAUCUUAUUGGCACCUCAGUCGACUGGGGUGGGUGGCACUAACCUCCCCCAGAUAAAUAACUGUCCACAAGAUGUCUGCAUUACAAGUCACUCCGGGGCCACCCAAGGGCCACUGGUUAGUCACUGACACUGCCGCACCAGCCCCUUGAUGAGGACAGGGAAGUUAAGCAGAGAUGAGACUACAGGGCCCAAGUCAGCCAGGCAGGAGGGGUCACACCAGGGCUUCCCACCUUCCCUCUGGGUAAAGCCCUGGGCUGGGGGGCGGGUGUCACUCCUCUGGGCAGUUCCCAAUUCCUCAUUGGUCCAAUGUUCAGCCACACGCUCAAGCCCUGCGAUACCUGGCCCAGUCCCAUGCAUGUGCGGGCAGGGGCCGCAGGGAUCAAUACUGAACAUAGCCCUGGGAUGAGGCUGAGACUUCUGAGCCAGGGCCCUGAGGCUGGCGGAGGGAACAGUUCCUGAGGAACCUGAGAGCUCUGCAAAGGCACCCAUCCUCCAACCAUGGGGCUGGGGUCACAGACCUCACAGUUCCUUAGCUCCAAGGCUGGGCACGGCAUCCAAGUCUGGCCACAGCAAUGGUGUCAUCGGUGCAUGCCAGUCAGUGGGAGCCCGCCGUGAUCUUCCCUGGAGCUAAGUGAGCAGAGUUUUCUCAUUCCUGGCCUGGCUAAGCUGGUAGGAUAUGCCUGGACCUUCUGGGAGCUGUCUCCCAGCAGCCAGGGAGCGCUGCUCUCAGAGGGAGAGGCAUGGGUCCUCGUGACGUCAUUGAGUCUGUUUCUGUAGAUGUGCGGUUAGGGCCAAUAUAUCCCUUAAGCCAGUUUCAUUGGGAUUGUUUCUUACCACCUGGAAUCCAGGCUGAAAAUAAAUUUUCACUCCUGUUACCAGGAGUGUGUGCUGUGA